GUUGCUGAAUGACUCAUAACGCAGAUUCUUCUGGCUGCUCAUGUAGCUGUUCCACAGUAAAUGUGCCAAAGGUUUUCCAGUGUAACCUGUUCCCUCCAGCACAGGAUGCUUAAUUAAGAGCUCUGAUCAAGGACAGGCACUCUAAAACACUCUCAUUAUAGCCUGGAAGAUGACAUCUUCGUUUGAUGUGAUUAUUUUCAGAGGUGCAAAGACAUAAGUGGUUGGUUCCUGUGUCAUGUGCAGGAUUAUGAUAGGAGCAUGUCUUUUCAAGAUUAUGGCUCACUCCAGUUUCUGAAAAAAACAAACAAGGACUCCACAUAUGAAGAGGGAGUGUCUUCUCCAGAAUACCAGCCUUCCUGUGGCUGAUGAAGGAGAAAAGUGGAAUUUUGAGCAUCAGAGUAACUGCAAGGGAGGACAAUUCCCAUGGCACUAUUGCACUAUUAGGGAGGUUACCUAGCCAACAGUGCAAAAUAUUUCAUUUCUCAAUGUUUUAAAUAUGAAAACUUUGCAAUAUUUUAAAAUCAUAUAUGGUAGGGGGUGGAUGCUGUUUAAAAUUCUACUUGCAUUCAUCAAGUAAGCUUGGCACAGAGAAUCAUUUGUUUCAGAUCCUGGAUGAUGAUGAUAUACUAAAUUUAUAUGCUACCUGAUUCCCAGCAACUCUUGGUGGCAUAUAAAUUUGAUAUUUUUUUCUGUACUAUUAGGAUCUAUUCCUAUGUUUUACCGCUCCCCCUCCCUCAGGUUCCCUGUUUUUCUUGUCUCUGCCCACAUAGUUCCAAAAGACCAGCUCAGCCUUCACAUGCUCCAUAUGGAUUAUCUCCACCCUUCCAGUCACAUCCUUUGAAUUGAAUAUUCCCUUCCCAUUCUUGUGGCUUUGCAGAGACACACCCACAGCACCUUCAGCAUCCAAUGAAUUACAAGAGGGCUUUGGUUAACAACCAAUCAGAUGGAGUGCCAAGAAAACAAACCAACAUAAGCAUGCUAAGUAAAAAACAGUUCUCCAGAAAUAAACAGGGUGAAGAGGAAACUUCCACUUACCAGUUGCACCCAGAACCAGCCAGGCAGAAAGAAGCAGAAGUAGAGGCUGAGGAAUACAACUGCAGCAAUGGAAAAAGCUGGAGGAAUAGUGCAAAGUGUACUUCUAGGGCAGUGGGACGUAAGACAACGCAAACUUCAGGAUCUAUCCAGGCAGUCUGAAGACCAGCAAGGUGCUACCUUCACUGAACACAAACUUCAUGAAAUUCCUCUUGAAGAUGAACGCACACAGGACACUGCGAAUUCAGGGAGGCAGACUAUUAGACACCAGUACAAACUCACGGAAAUUACCAGCCAACAAGACGGAAGGCAGAGUAGCAGCUCAGGACAGCUCGUAUCCAGGCAAUCUCAACAUCAGAGAGGUGCUACUUUGGCUCAACACAAAUUCCAUGACAUCCCUUUCAAGGAUAAACGCACAGAUUGCCCUGCGAGUACAGGGUGGCAGACUACCGGAAACCAGGGCAGUUGUACAGAAAGUAGCAGCCAACAAGGUGGCAUGCAGAGUAGCAGCUCAGGAGAGCAUUCUAUAAAGCAACAACAAACCCCAAAACCCCAAGAUGCUUCCCACCAAAGUGGCUCUUCAGGGCAAGGUAGCAGAAGGCAAGAAAACAGACAACCAAGUGGGAGCACCCAGAGUUGCUCCUCAGGGAAAUCCGAUCCAAAGUCCCACAAACCCCAGGACACUUCCUGCACAUCCCAAGACUACGAUAGUACAAACCCCUAUGCUGGCCUAGUAGAUUGCUUACGUGCUACCUGGAUGUCAGGAAAGACCCGUCCAAAGGAGUAUCGGGUCACACAGCUGGAAGCCCUGUGUCACUUUCUGGAAGAAAGACAGGCCGAUAUACAGCGUGCCCUGUGUGAGGACCUACACAAGCCCUGCUUUGAAACUGAGACCACUGAGAUUCUCUUAGUCAGAAAUGAGCUGGCCAACGCUCUUAACAACUUAAACUGCUGGAUGAAGGAUGAAAGCGUGAACAAGAACCUACUGACGCAGCUGGAUUGCGCCUUCAUUCGCAAGGAACCAUUUGGUGUGGUGCUGAUCAUUGGAGCCUUUAACUUCCCUAUCCAGCUUACUUUGUUGCCCCUUGUGGGAGCCAUUGCAGCUGGGAAUUGUGUGAUUCUCAAACCUUCAGAAGUGAGCAGCUGCACUGAAAAGCUCCUUGCAGAAGCAUUGCCUUGUUAUCUGGAUCCACAAACCUUUGCUGUGGUGACAGCUGGUCCUGAAGAAACAGGAAAAUUACUGGAAAAUAAGUUUGAUUAUAUCUUCUACACAGGAAGCGUCCGUGUAGGAAAGAUCAUCAUGACUGCUGCAGCAAAACAUGUGACACCAUUGACUCUGGAGCUGGGGGGUAAAAGUCCCUGUUAUGUGGAUGAGAACUGCUGUUUCCCAAAUGCAGCCAACCGAAUUGUAUGGGGAAAAUUCGUCAAUGCUGGACAGACAUGCAUUGCACCAGAUUAUGUGAUCUGUACACUUGAAACACAGGAAAAAUUGAUGCCUUGCUUGCGCCAAGCUAUCCGUGAAUUCUUUGGAAAUGAUCCCAAGGGAUCAUCUGAUUUUGGUCGCAUGGUCAAUGACAAGCAUUUCCAGCGCGUCCGAGCUUUGCUGGAAUGUGGCCGGGUGGCCAUUGGUGGAGAGACCGAUGAGCGUGAGCGUUAUAUUGCUCCAACAGUGUUGGCAGAUGUGAAAGAAUGGGAGCCAAUCAUGCAAGAGGAGGUUCUUGGGCCCAUCUUGCCAAUACUCACUGUGAAUCAUAUCGAGGAGGCCAUACAUUUCAUCAAUUGCAGAGAACGCCCACUAGCUGCGUAUGCCUUCUCCUGUGAUAACAAGGUUGUGAACAAGGUACUGAAUUCUACUACCAGUGGUGGCUUUUGUGGUAAUGAUACCCUGCUGCACGCAUCAUUGAUUACCCUACCGUUUGGUGGCAUCGGAUGCAGUGGAUUUGGCAAGUACCACGGCAAGUUUACUUUCGACACAUUUACUCAUUUCCGUGGCUGUCUCUUGCGUUACAUAGGCCUGGAAGCAAUCAACAGAAUACGCUACCCACCAUACAAUGAUAAUAAUUUGAGAUUAGCGGUCGCUUCUAUGGAAGUCAGGCGUAGGGGCAUGUGCACUUUGUUGUAAGGCACUGAAUCACAUCACCUGUGUUCUUAAGCAACGUCUUCCAACACUUUUCUGUAGAGUUGAGAGAUUUUUUCCCUUCAUCAGCUGGUCCUAGAAUUUACCCUCAUCACCUUCAAAGAUCCUUGAAAAGCACUCUGUUCUGACAAACCUUUGCUUCUUACAUUUUUUCUUUAUCCUGUACCACCUUCGAUAAAUUCAACAUUUAGUAGUGGUUAGAAAACUUAGAGGCCCUCCAAUUCUCUUUGCAUAGUUGUUGGAUAUACAACAUGUUCUCACUUCCAGCAAGGACACAUAAAUUAACAUUUAUGUGUAAAGUUUCAUCUUGCCUUUAACACAAGUUAAUUUUGCUUAAAAAUCUACAAGCCUCAGAUUCUUUGCUAGAAAUGGACAAGUACAGCUCCUCUUUAUAGCGGAACAAUCAUUCUGAUUAACAUAGUUGUACAGUAAGGAUAGCAGCAUGGAUGAUCUUUGUAAAAUGAUCAACUAUUUCCUAGCAAAUAUUUAAACAUUGGAUUCAUUAAACCAGAGGUCACCAACCUUUGUCAGUUGGUGGACUGGAGAAAAAGUGAGGGGAAACAUUUUACAUGGGGCCACGAGCACAUGCGCGCCGCAAAUGGGGCAGGGCUAGCGCCCGCAUGAUACUCACUAGCCCUGCCCCGUUCUUGUGUGGUGCAGCACCUCUGUUUCUGUGUCCCAUGGCAUGGUGGCGGCCAUUUUGCGCCUUGCAGCAAGGCAGCAGCCCAUUUUUGUGCCCUGUGGUGUGGCGGCACCGUUUUUGCACCCCGUGGUACAGUGGUAGCCCAUUUCCUCACCCCAUGGCGUAGUGGCAUCCAUUUUUGAACCUUGCAAUGUGGUGGCCCAUUUUUGCACCCCGCGGUGGAGUGGCGCCCAUUUUCAUGCCCCUUGGUGUGGCAGUGGCCCGUUUUUGUGCUGAGGCGCUGUGGCAGCUCAUUUUAGCGCAUCGCUAGCACAAAUGAGGGGGUGCAAGUGCAUGUGCGUGCUCACUGGCCAGCCUGUCCUGCAGCCUGGUGGCCAGUAGGCCACGGCCCACUACCGGGCCACAGCCUACAGGUUGGGGACCCCUGCAUUAAACAACUUCUCAAAGAAAUUCAAAGCUGAUCUAAUGCAUAUUAUUAUACAUAAAUAUAUUCUGUUGACAAUGCAUUUUCUAUAUUGUAUGCUCUAAAGUUCAGACAUGCCCCCUUAACUUUUUUUUUAAUAAUAAACAACUUUAUUGUCACUUUGAAUGUUCACCAAUCUGCAUACAUCAAAAUGAAAUUUUGUUGCAUACAGCUCUCAAUAUACACUCCUUGUUC